UUUCAAUGCAAACUUCAACUCCUCCUCCUCCUCCCUCUAAUGCCUGUAACUCACAUCCGAGGCUGGGCGAGGAAUCCGGAGGGGAGAUUUUCCUCAUGCUCACGGUUGUUGGAAACUGGAAGAGUGAGAGGAAGGAGGAAGGGGAUUUGUGGCGCUCUCUACCUACUACAAGACUGACAAGGGGAGGGGGCACCUAAAUUUGCAUCUUUUCUUCAUGGUGAUUGAGAACUGCAGGUUCAAACCGAUCCCACUGAGCACUGGCGAUUGAUUAUAAAAAAAAUCGACACUGGGAGAAGGGAGGCUCUGUCUUCGGCUGUCAGACUCAAUCUCGGAGGUGGUAUUGGUGUGUGAGUGUGUGUGGUGGGUUUUUUUUUUUUUUUUCUUUUUUUUUCUUUUUUCUUUCUUUCUUUCCUUUUUUUUUUUUUUUCCUUCUCUCCUAGGGGCUACACAAUGGCAGUCUUCUCUCAGUAAGAUGAAUCCUGCUUUGCCUUCUGCAGAUCCACCCAUCCUCAUAGCGAUCAAGUAAAAAGGCUAUGGUUUUCUCUUUGGGGAUCUUUUGUGCAUUACUGUUCUCCCUGAUUAGUUUUGAUCUCAGUUGGGAUCUCUUUGCUUUUUUGUUUGGUUUCAUGCUGAAAAAGGAUUUUUUCUCCGACCCUUUGGUAAUAAUCCGGUGGUGAUCGAGGGGGUAUAAAUCAUUCACCCUGGCCGAAAAAAAACAAUCACUGAGAAGUCUCAAAGAAAUAUACCACGUGAGGGGAAAAAACUGGGAGAAGAUCCGGAAUAUUAUCGUUUUUCCUAUGGUAAAACCGGUGCCCCUCUUCAGGAGAACUGAUUUCAAAUUAUUAUUAUGCAACCACAAGGAUCUCUUCUUUCUCAGGGUGUCUAAGCUGCUGGAUUGCUUUUCGCCCAAAUCAAUGUGGUUUCUUUGGAACAUUUUCAGCAAAGGAACGCAUAUGCUGCAGUGUCUUUGUGGCAAGAGUCUUAAGAAAAACAAGAACCCAACUGAUCCCCAGCUCAAGGGUAUAGUGACCAGGUUAUAUUGCAGGCAAGGCUACUACUUGCAAAUGCACCCCGAUGGAGCUCUCGAUGGAACCAAGGAUGACAGCACUAAUUCUACGCUCUUCAACCUCAUUCCAGUGGGACUGCGUGUUGUUGCCAUCCAGGGAGUGAAAACAGGGUUGUAUAUAGCCAUGAAUGGAGAAGGUUACCUCUACCCAUCAGAACUUUUUACCCCUGAAUGCAAGUUUAAAGAAUCUGUUUUUGAAAAUUAUUAUGUAAUCUACUCAUCCAUGCUGUACAGACAACAGGAAUCUGGUAGAGCCUGGUUUUUGGGAUUAAACAAGGAAGGGCAAGCUAUGAAAGGGAACAGAGUAAAGAAAACCAAACCAGCAGCUCAUUUUCUACCCAAGCCAUUGGAAGUUGCCAUGUACCGAGAACCAUCUUUGCAUGAUGUUGGGGAAACGGUCCCGAAGCCUGGGGUGACGCCAAGUAAAAGCACAAGUGCGUCUGCAAUAAUGAAUGGAGGCAAACCAGUCAACAAGAGUAAGACAACAUAGCCAGAUCCUCACAGGUGUUGUGACUUAUUCGUCCUGAGCACAGUUGAGUGAUUUAUCCUCACCAGACAUUCCUGCUCCGUGGCUGAAGAGCAGCAGGAAGUAAGCUAAUGCUUACUCUUUGCUGUCUCCGAACUUCUCUGUUGCAAGUGGAUAAAUCUCAACCUGUUGCGCCCCCCACAACAAGAAGACACCUGGAUAACCAGCUAAACUCAGACCAUGGAAUGCCCUACCAGAUAUGGAAUGCCUUUUUAAUAUCUUUUCUGUGACUGUGACACUUCAUGUGAAUGACAUACUUCACAAGUACACUCGAUACCUUGCCUGCUGACAGCUACCCAUAAUCCUUUUUGAGUCCUGUUUCAGCGAAAUCUAUGUGUUUAAGUUCAAUUUUGUAGCACACAAAUAAUAUUGAGUAAUUUCUAGUUAGACGCUGUAAACCUGUGCUAUUAUGGAUUUCUCUUCUUCCCAUUUUUACAGGGCUGCUCGCUCCACUGUCUGUGACCUUUUGCAGGGAUUUUGUUCCUCUAAAUCUUAAAUGUUGCCGUUGGCUUAGGUCGGAGAGCAAUCAGGGAAUCAGGAAGCCUUCUAAACCUAUUAUUACAAAUUGCAUCUAUAAAGAUUAAGAUUGUUGUCUCUGGCUCACACUAUGGAUUAAACACACAUAUACGCUCUGUUCAGUAGCAGAUACUGUGCUCCCAAGGUCGGCAUUGCCUGGGUGGGAAAAUGGCUCAAACACAAUCCAGGGAAGCUCUCUAUGAUAUGUGUUUGACAUCCCCCUCUAGUUUCUUUGUGUGUGUGUGUUUUAUACAUAUCACAAGCUUACUGGUAAUGGUAACAUUUGCCUUGCCCAGCGAGCAAGACCCACUGGUUUUUGAGAAAGUGGGUCCAAAGAUUUCUGUAGGCCUUGUAGGCCUGAUUAAGGUUCAUUUUUCAUCUAUUAAUUCUCAUUAUUUGGAAAAAAAAAAAAAAAAAAGGAAAACCUAUAAUUACAACCUACAAGAAUUGCGCUACCUAAAUCCAUUUCAGAUAUACUCCGUCCUGUUUUUAAUGAACCAAACUUAAUGCCAUCCCCGUUUCUGGCUGCGUUCCCCUCAUACUCAGCAGAGCAUGGGCAAGACGGCUGUUGUGUUCUUUCCUGCAGCAGCAAUGCAAACGUUAGUUAUAAAUUAGACUUUAAUAUUUUUGGUGUUUAAUGACAAGUUUUUAAACUGGACAUCUUAGGAAAAAUAUUUUUUUUAGCUCAGCAUGCUGAGUCCGGUACUGUGUAUUUCACCAGUACAUGCCUCUAACUCAGCAUUUGGGACUCCUGUUGCCCAGUGGCUGGGUUAGAGGUGCCUUGCCAUGAUCUCAGAAUACCGUCUGUUGAAUUAUCCUAGAUGAAAAUAAAGGCAAACCAACACAUCCAUCCAUCAGGAUUUUGGUCCAUUCCAUUUAUUUCCUUUUGUUUUAUUUUGCAUUCUUAAUUUCCUUUUUAAUUUAAUACUGUUUGAACUCUGAGCUUAGGGAAGACAACUACCAAGAAAGGCCAGGAACAGUUGACUACACAGUGAAGAUUCCAUGCAAAAUGUUCAAUACUGGAUCUAAAGGGGUUCAUACUAAACUGUUUGGGAAUAUAUUUGUUAACUCUGUGUACACCUAAUAAAAUUCAAUGUUUUCUUCUCAGAAGAGUUCAUUGAGACCAAACUGAACCUCAUUUAUUGAAAAUUAUAUGUGGGAUCAAUGUACUGGCCUCUUGUUAUUCUUUCUAUGUGGGAGGAUGACCCAGUCAUCAUUUUCCCCAUCUGCACUGUAUUUAUUGGGAAAUUAUUUUGUCACUGCUUUCAUAAAUCUUCAUGACAGCCCUUGCCCAGCAUUAAAAAAUUCUGGCCUGCUUAGCUGAUUAAAGGUUUAGUAUAAAUUUAACUGUUUAUGCUUAUUUCAUUUUCAUAUUGGAUUCUACUUGAAUAAAUAAAAAGUUAGCAGAAUGUUUGAGUAGAUUUAUUGUCAAUGAUGCUAAAUUACAAAUAUAACAAAAUGAUUCCUUUGGUCAUUUUUGAUUUGGUGUUAUGUCAUUUUGAAGCCUAUUGUUUUUUAACAGGAUCACUUAAAAUAACUUCCAUUAACCAAUUAUUUUCAGAAAACAUAUAUCCCAUAAUAUGUGGCCAACUAUGAGUAAUUAACUUGUAAUCCAAUCAAAUGGGCUUAUAGACACUACUUAUAGCAACACAUCACACACACACACACACGUGCACACACACACACACAGCAAACAGCCCCAGUUGUUUUUGUGACUGAUAAUCAGCCCUACUUGCUGGUUUCUUUGUCCCCUGCAAGUCUGUUUAUUGGUUUAAAUUAAGAUUUAUUUUUGUAAAUGACUGAGAUUUAUGUAAAUGUGCAUCUCUGUUGUGUUUUAUAUAUGGGGUGUCUAUAAGGGCAUUUAUCCCUAUGAAGGAUGUCAAAUACUUUCUUCUAAUAUAUGUUUAGACAUAUUGCAGAGGGGUCCUUGUUAUUUGUAAUUGAGUUAGGUCAUUUACUUUGUGUCUGGUCUCACCUGUUGCAUGGGAAGAGGACAGCACUGAUGAGCUGCAUGUAGUAGGUACCUGUGUAUCAAGAACUGUUGGUAUGUAUUGCUAAUCUGCAUACAAAGAGUUUGUCUGCAUUGUACAGUUUCUGUGUUUAAUAUCAUUUGUUGUAUUCACAAAUACAACAUAUUGAAUAAAAUAUUUAUAUGAAGGCAUAUUCAAAAACAUCAAACAACUUUAUGUAACAAAAUGGCAUUGCAUUACCCACCAAUAUAGAGAAAUGUCAUGUAAAUAAGUUGGUAAACUCAAUUUCCCCCUUUACCAUGCCAAAGAAAAUUUUAGCUCUUUGAUGAUACCUCUCUUGCUAUUUGUUUGGGAUAAGACUUCACCAUUUUUUCCCCUCAGAAAUUAAGUUUGCUGUUAUUAAGUAAGUGCAAUCUGUCACUACUGAUGUUCCGUAUAGUAAAUCUGAUGGAAUUCAUUUGUAUUUAAAGACCGUGUGUUUUGUACCUCCAUGUGCAUAUGUCCAUUGUAUCAAGUCUCUAUAAUACUCCAUUCCUUCUGCAUGCAUAUCUGGUGUGGGAGGGUUAUUUCUACUGACUUGUUAUAGUCGCUGAUUGCUUUGCCAGUCCCUCAACAAUGCUCGGAAAUGUCAAUUGUUUUGAUAUUUCAAGUGACAACAUUUUUGUUUUCUAAUAUAAGAUUGCUUUUUAAAACAUUUUGCUACCACUUUACUUGGAAAAAUUAGAGAAGACAUGCAAAUUCUCCACCUUAUGUAAAGAGCAAAAUGGAAUUGAGCAUUAUUUCAUUACAAAUCCUGAAGAAUUUGGAGAUUCCUGCUCUAAAUGUUUGCUUGUCCUGAAUGUUUUUGGGUAGGAGUGGCUUAAAGAGAUACACAAUGGGUCCAAAGGACUCCUGCUCCAGUUCUUCUAAUAGUUUGCCUCUUGGGGAGCAAGCAGAGAUUCUUUAUCAUACCUAGCCACUUGCUUAAUGCUUUAAGCACUAAAAGUUAUUUUUAUCAGGAUGAACAAUAUCAGAUUUGGUUGUCUUUAAAAGCAAAAACCAAAAACUUCUUAUUCUUUAAGUUAGACAUGUAUCACUUCAUUUAAAAUUAUCCCCCUAAUAUUAUAUAGAUCAUUAACAUUUGAUACAUAAUCAAGAAGAGACCACAUUGACUAACAUCCAGUUGAGACGAAGAUGAAAAAAUAAUUGAAAUUUUUUUUUCCAUUUUAGUUCAGAACAAGGCUAUAUCGAGGGAAAGCGAGUGGGCUAAAUCCUCAAUAUUUUUUUUCCAAAAUGCAGGCAUAUCAAAAUCCAGGAUGUACAUUGUCUUACUUUGAGGGAAAUAGUAGUCAUAGCUUAAGUUUCUUAGCCUACAAUGUGACACAUAGGGCCUUUCACUCUCUUGAAUACGGAGUAGGGUUUCAAAGUAUUGACAGUUGAGUCUGCAAACUAAGCCUGAGUUAUAUUUUAGUUUUUUCUUUUUUCUUGGUUUUCACUAAGUCUAAUUCCAAUAUCUCCUGGCAGAGAUUGUAUUUGCAUUUGAAGUACUGGAGGGCAGUACUUCCAAAGUGCUGUUGGAAUCCAGAUAAACUCAAGGAGCCCAGAAAGACAAUGGGUAUAAUGGCUCUCCUCUCAUGACUUAGUACUUUAGUUGACUUUUUUGAAAAAGUAAUUGGGUAGAAUACCUCAGUGAUGAUUUGCCAAACAAGCAGGGUUAGUGCCAACACCUUCUCUAAACUUGUUGCAUCUCUUCCAAUUGACAUUAAUCCCACAGCAACUUCCUAAAAACAGGAAAAAGCCAAUGAGAUUUGCUUCUUUUCUCUCACCCAUUACAAGUUUGUUCUCGCCCUGCUUGUUUUUAGGAGGGAGUUUCUAUCGUAGAGUUGAAAAAGUACAAAAUCAUAUUUAAAAAGGAAAGAGUCUAUGUUUUUACAUGUAACUAUUUUAUUUUUUCCAAUCUAAAUUCAAUCACUUCUUAACAGAUAUAUUGGUGUUUGCAUUGCUGGCAUCAAAACCACACAUACACACACAAACACACACAUACACACAAAGAAACAGGGGAUAGAAAUAAGUAAAAAUAAAAUAUUUCUGUUUUCAAAGAAAAAGCAUUCCUUAGAGUUUAGGUACCAUGAAACUUAUGCUAUAAUACAGUUCCAGUACUAUGGUUUCCAACUAAAUGAACACUAGAACAGAGCUGACAACAUUUUCAUCUUUGUCCUAAAUUUUAGAUGAGUCACAUUUUGAACUUUAUGGUAUGCUAAUUUCUCCAAUAUCUAAAUUCUUUUCCUGAAAAAACAAAUGCUGAGGACAUUUUUGACACUCUUCUUACAUGAGACUAUGAAAAAGAGCAGCACUUUUGUUGUAGUUGUUGUUGUUAAUAAAAAGGAUAAUAACAUACAGAGGAUUAUAAGAAAAAUAAGACACACCUGAGGUUUUCUGAUGAGCCGUAGAGAAUCAAGGACAGUUCCAGUGGCGCUGAGGCUGACAAAGUACUGCCCAGCUGCUAGCCAAAUCCACCCUUAAUUUGUUUUUGUACGGCCUGGGAGCUCAGAAGGAAUUUUUAUUUUUUUACAGCUUUAAAGUAUUAAACAGAAACCAACAAAGAAGAAUAUGAGACAGGGAUGUAUGUGGUCCAUAAAGUUUAACUUUCUGGUCCUUGAUAGGAGGAUAACCGCUGUGGUAGGGAAAUCCAAAGGUCAUUUGUAUUACGAUAGCUAGAUAAUAUAAUGAAUUCCACUGUCUGUGCAUCAGCAAAUACGUCAUCAAAAUUGCUACAAAACAAUAAUAAUAGGUUGUUUGCAGCUUAAAAUGUUUAGGUAGUGAAGAGGAAAGAAUAUAACCUACAUUAUUUAUUGACUACUUAUAUUUCCCUCAUUUUACAAAAAAGAUAUAUCAAUUUACAUAAUAAUAGAACUACAAUAUGGUUGCACUCCUUAAUCUCAGGAUAGAGAUAACAAUUUUAUAAAUCUAUUACAUUAUGAGAACAUUUUUAGGACUAUAAAACUCAGCAUCAGUUAAAUGUUCUCUUAAAAUAAUUUUCAAUAUUAAAUUUUUAAGUAACUCAGUGGAUGCAUAUUUUCCUUAUUUUUGGAAAUUUGACUUAUAAAGUUUAAGCCAUGACUCUAGAAUAUUUACAUCAUUAAAAUAAAAUUUCCAAGUAAAAAUUUUCAUUUUAAAGUAAUACAGAAAUGAUUUUGCUACAUUAUUCUAGGAUUUUACAAAAUAAUUCACCUUUAGAAAAAAAGUGGUUUUUUUUAGCUCUAAAUAAUUACAGGUUGCCUAAACUAAUGUGUAUAAGUAGAUUUACCUGUAAAUAUGUAAGGGAAGUCCCAAUUAUUGUACACUUUCAUAAUUCAAUGUGAAUUUCAUACAAAGCAAAGUUUCACCAUAAAGAAAAUAAACAUUUUGUUCCUAUCACUGAGUGAAUAUUUGUAAUUUCUAUUUAAGCCAUUUCUAGAUUUUUUUUGGUCCUUUGUGAGCUUCUGAGAUUGGUGCCAUUUUAUCACAGUAUUUCUCUUCUUGACUUCUUUGCAUGACCUCAGGUUUCCAGUAAGUUAUCCUUAGAAAAAAGAAAGUAUUUUAAGGGAAAUGGAUGCAUACUUCAGGCCCAUUAUAUAUGUAACUUAAUAUUGUCUUUUUAAAAGGCCACAUUACCAUGGAAUAAAUUAAAAUAAAAAGUCAGAUUUCUUGUACAUAUAACCCCUGCCCAGUUUUUAAAAUGUGUUAUCUUAUUUCUAGAAAGCUAAAAUAGAUCUCCCUAAAUAACAAUUCAUUUUUAAAUAAUCAGCAGGUAAAUAUAUACUGACACAGAGUAUAAACAACUUCUGUCACUAUUUAUUUAAAAUGUUAAAUUGUACAUUUUUCAUAAUUUUUUUCUUUAAGAGAAUCUUCUUCGAUGAGUUUAAAGUGAGAGUAGACAAAUUGACUUAGUGGCUAAAUGAUUUAAUGUCAAAUGACUUAAUGACCAGUUUUUGCCCUUGAUCCAGCCCCAAUCUGAUAUUCUACCUCCUGUGUGUUUGUCUUCAUUGUCCCCAUAUUAAAAUGUUGACUGAUAUGGAAUUCUGGAAAAAUGUGAUCGAUUGAUUAAUGUGAAUAUGCAUGUUUUCCUUAGAUUCUAAUAUGGUCUUUCUUGUGUAAGAAUGUGGAUUUCUAAUAGCCAUAUAAUUCAAUGUUUCUCAAUUUGGGUGCCACUGACACAUGGGGCUGGCUAACUCCCUGUUUGGGGGCUGUCCUGUGCACUGCAGGAUGCUGAGCAGCAUCCCUGGCCUCUACCCACCAAAUGCCUACAACGUACUUCCCCACCCCACCCAGUGUGACAAUCAAAAUUGUCUGUAGAUGUUGCCAAAUGUCUUUUGGGUGGAAAAAUUGCUCUCGUUAGGAACCACUUAUGUUAAUUAUGGAAGAAACAUUUUUUUCUAGUGUUAUUUGCAUCUGAAUUUGCAUAACUCAUUUCUAAUAGGUACUCAGAUUUCCUUCGUGAUUCAGAAAUAGAAAAAUAUACAAUGGUCUUUUUAACCUGUCCUAGUGGUGAUUAUACAGGAUUUCCUUUGCAUUUAAAUGUUCUAA